CACGACCGCACACCCCCCCUCGAACAGCAAGAUCAUGUUCGCCGUCGCUUCUUCUUCUCCCGCGCUCGCCGCGCGCGUCGCCCUCGGCGGCAAGCGCGUCAAGGCCAAGUCCGUCAGGACCGUCUCCCGCGUCCACACCGUCGCGAGGGCGUCCCAGGACCCGACCGUGAACGCCGUCGCGACGCCCCCCGUCGGCGAGGGCGAGAAGAUUCGCGUCGGGAUCAACGGCUUCGGCCGCAUCGGCCGCCUCGUCAUGCGCGCGUGCUUACUCCGCGACGACAUCGAGGUCGUCGCGGUGAACGACCCGUUCGUCACCGCGGACUACAUGGCGUACAUGUUCAAAUACGACACGGUCCACGGCCGCUUCGUCGGCGAGGCGAAGUACAGCGCCGUCGAGUGCUCCGACGAAGAGUGCCCGCUCGGCUUCAUGGUCAACGGCAAGGAAGUCGCCGUCUUCGCCGAGCGCGACCCCGCGCAGAUCCCGUGGGCGGCGUCCAACGUGGACUACGUCGUCGAGUCCACGGGCGUGUUCACGUCCCUCGAGGGCGCGCAGAAGCACAUCGACGCGGGCGCGAAGAAGGUUGUCAUCUCCGCCCCGUCCGCGGACGCGCCGAUGUUCGUCAUGGGCGUCAACUCCGACGAGUACGACGACUCUCUGAACAUCGUCUCCAACGCGUCGUGCACGACCAACUGCCUCGCGCCGCUCGCGAAGAUCAUCGACGACAACUACGGCAUCGUGGAAGGUCUCAUGACGACCGUGCACGCGACGACGGCGACGCAGAAGACGGUCGACGGGCCGAGCAUGAAGGACUGGCGCGGCGGACGCGGCGCGGGCGCGAACAUCAUCCCCUCCUCCACCGGCGCGGCGAAAGCCGUCGGGAAGGUGUUGCCGCAGCUCGACGGCAAGCUCACCGGGAUGGCGUUCCGCGUCCCGACGCAGGACGUGUCCGUCGUCGACCUGACCGUCAGGAUCGAGAAGGGGGCGACGUACGAUGAGAUAUGCAAGACGAUCGAGCUCGCCGCCGCGCCCGGCGGCGAGCUCGAGGGCGUCAUGGGGUACACGGAGGACGCCGUCGUCUCCGCGGAUUUCAUCGGCGACGACCGGUCCUCCAUCUUCGACGCGAGCGCGGGCAUCUCCCUCUCCCCGAACUUCGUGAAGCUCGUGUCUUGGUACGACAACGAGUGGGGGUACUCCAACCGCGUCGUCGACCUCAUGGCGCACAUGGCCGCGAAGGCGCCGAAGAAGGUCGCGAAGUGAGCGACGUAUGUAUGUCACAUAGGGCGAGCGCCCCGAUUCUUUGUAUUGAAAAACGCACGCAGCGAAUGCGAUUUUUUCGUUC